UAGAAACAACUGGGGAAAACGUUCCGUGUAACGCACUUUGCGCAUGCGCGGUGUCUCCCUGCCGGCUUUCUCUUGUCACUCACGAUGGCCGAUCGAGCUGAACUGGAGAAGGCGGUAACGCUGCAGGGAGAGAAAGUGAGGAAACUGAAGCAGGACAAGGCGUCCUCGGAAGAGAUUGCCGAAGAAGUCGCAAAGUUGCUGGAGCUAAAGGCACGGCUAGGAACAGACGAAGGGAAACACAAGUUUGUACUUAAGACACCAAAGGGCACGAGGGAUUAUAACCCAAAACAGACGGCCAUUCGGGAGAAGGUGUUCAACACAAUUAUCAAGUGUUUCAAGCGCCACGGGGCGGAGACUAUCGAUACUCCUGUGUUUGAGCUGAAGGAAACCCUUACAGGCAAAUAUGGUGAAGACUCCAAGCUUAUUUAUGACCUCAAAGAUCAAGGAGGAGAGCUACUGUCUUUGCGCUAUGAUCUUACUGUGCCAUUUGCCCGGUACUUGGCUAUGAAUAAAAUAAACAACAUUAAGCGUUACCACAUCGCCAAGGUUUACCGACGGGACAACCCAGCCAUGACCAGAGGGCGCUACCGAGAGUUCUACCAAUGUGAUUUUGACAUCGCUGGCCAGUUUGACCCCAUGAUUCCCGAUGCAGAGUGCCUGAAGAUUGUCCAUGAGAUACUCAGCGAGUUGGAUUUGGGGGAGUUUCUUAUCAAGGUGAAUGACAGGAGGAUACUGGACGGCAUGUUUGCAGUCUGUGGGGUUCCAGAUAGUAAAUUCCGUACAAUUUGCUCAUCGGUGGACAAGCUUGACAAGACCCCGUGGGAGGAUGUAAAAAAUGAAAUGGUGGGUGAGAAGGGCCUUGCCCCUGAGGCUGCCGACCAGAUAGGAGACUAUGUUCAGCGUAAUGGAGGGUUGGAUCUCAUAGAGCAGCUGAUAAACGACCCCAAACUGUCCCAAAACAAGCUGGCCCUGGAAGGGUUAAGUGAUAUGAAGACCCUUUUCCAGUACCUGGAGUUAUUUGCCGUGACUGAUAAGGUUUCAUUUGACUUGAGCCUGGCCCGGGGGUUGGACUAUUACACGGGCGUCAUUUAUGAAGCCGUCCUGGUACAGAAUGAGCCCCAGCAGCAGAAUGACCACGCGGAGGAGGCAGUCAGUGUGGGCAGUGUGGCAGGAGGAGGCCGAUAUGAUGGAUUAGUGGGAAUGUUCGAUCCUAAGGGGAGGAAAGUCCCCUGUGUGGGAGUCAGUAUCGGAAUCGAGCGGAUAUUUUCCAUUAUGGAACAGAAAGCAGAGGCCUCAGAAGAGAAAAUCCGGACCACAGAGACUCAAGUACUGGUUGCCGCGGCCCAGAAAAAACUCCUGGAAGAAAGGAUGAAGUUGAUAUCGGAACUGUGGAAUGCUGGGAUCAAGGCAGAAAUGCUGUAUAAGAAGAACCCCAAGUUACUCAAUCAGCUGCAGUACUGUGAGGAAACAGGCAUUCCACUGGUGGCCAUUAUUGGGGAGCAAGAGCUGAAGGAUGGGGUGGUGAAGCUGAGAGUGGUUGCUACAAGAGAAGAGGUUGAUGUUGCCAGACAGAACUUGGUGGAAGAAAUUCACAAGAGAACUCAGAUAUUGUAAGAAUGGAUUUCCCAGCAGCACCGGGUGUUAUUGCUGCUACAUGUAUUGUACACGUUACACAAAUAUAUGUGCUGCAAGGCGCUGGGUAAUACGACCACAAAUGCCUUAAUGCAAGUUGCUCUUCUCUGAUUGGCCCAUGUUGGGGCAAUACCACGCGGGGGUACCUAGGGUCCCCGGGAGGGGUACAGAGUACAAGAGCAAGUUGUAUUUUUGCAUGCGUGGUCCCUUAGAAAUUCCCCGUCCUUUAAUAUGGUUGGUUGUAUCUGCAUUAAAGGGCAAGUAAACCUCAAAAGGCACAGUGGUUUAUUAGUACUAGGGCAGUGUUUGGGGCACCGGGGAAUAAACAAGGGCUGCUCGUUACUAAUAAGCAUUUUCAUCCAUAACUCCUAUAGCAGGCCAUAAUUUAUGCAAGCCCCUCCCCAUUGCCUUAUGGGUAACAUUUACAUUGCAGCAUAUUUGCAUAGGCUUUGGCCUCAAAAUCCUUCCCACUAUUGCCCAAAUCUAAAAAAAACAAAAAAUGUUGUUCUUAACCCUCUGCAAAAGAAAGAAAGGAACCUGGGUCUAGAACAACUCUAGAACAUACAUUUGGUCAUUGCUUUAUAUGUAUCCUGUAUAACAGUGCCCCCAAUUCAGUAAAGUGACCCCCCCACUCAAAAUCCUUCUCACUAUUGCCCAAAUCUAUUGAAAAAGUCGUUCUUAACCCUCUGCAAAAGAAAGAAAGGGACCUGAGUCUAGAACAACUCUAGAACAUACAUUUUGUCACUGCUUUAGAUGUAUCAUAUUUAGCAGUGCCCCCAAUUCAGUAAAGUGACCACUAAGAGCGAGAUGGUACCACUGAGGCCUAUGGGGAUCUGAGCACCAAUGGGCACGGGGUAUAGUGAUGAUAAAUACGCCGGCCCGGCCUCUCAUUGCCUCUGACUUAUUGUUAUUUAUAAACAGCUUUGUACAUUUCAUUGUUGCCAUUGACCAAAGGGAUGUGCAUAUAAUAAAGGAAAUGGAAUGUUC